UUGUUUCUUCUCUUCUCAUCCAAAAGUGUAUUCAAUAAAAUUUAAUUAAUUUAGCAUAAGAAAUUAUAAUGAAAUCGAUUCAAAUACAUUCUGUGGAUGGAAGAGAAGUAUCGGUUUCACGAUCAAAGUUACGAAAAUACAGCCCAAGAAUACAAUUCAUGUUGAAGCCAUAUUCGAACAUCGUAUCUAUCACGUUAUACUUGCCUUAUGCAUACGAAAGUAUUAAGAUAAUCGAUGAAUUCAUGAAUAAACAGUCUCCAAAAUUUUCCUCGUUGAAGCAUGCAAUGGACAUUUAUCGAUUUAGCGAAAGAUUGAACAUACUUGCUUUAAACGUUUACUGUCGAAAUUAUAUGACCCAACCUUUUCGAAUAAAACAUGUUUGUGAAAUUUACGAGCUUGCUUGCGAAAUCAAUGACUAUAAGUUACAAUAUUAUUGCUGGAAGCAAUUUAGCGAUGAUGGGAACACAGUAUUUUUUAAAAAUAAAGAAGCUUUAAACUGUGGAGAAAUUGUGAUUUGUAGACUCAUCUCUCGUCCUAUAUAUGAAAAUUUGAACGAGAUGACUAUAUUUAACAUUGUUUACGAGUGGGCAAGACGUAGAGUGAGCUCGAAAACAUCCCUUCGACAAGCCAUGACACCCUUCAUACCCAACAUCAGAUUUCUUACAAUGGAUAAUGAAUUUUUAAAGGGCUAUGUAUAUACAAAACAAUUCUUAACAGAAGAAGAAGUAAAUGCGAUACAACACUACAAAGCAACAUCUGAUAAUUCAAUGAUUCCAGAUAGUAUUUGUAGAAUAGAUAUCUCGAGGAAUAAUGAAAAAUCUACUUCUUGGUUCAUAUAUUGUAACCGAAGUUCUUCCGUUCUCGGUAAAGAAGUAAAUAUGGCAAACAAGUUCCAGUUCAUUUCGGAGAUAUGGGUCGUAGAAGAUUGUUUUCUCACUGGAAUUAUACUUCCGAUUUCUCAUAACAGCGAAGAAACAAUCAGAAUAAGAAUAAAGAAUUUCAUUCACGGUGAUGGUUUGAAAAUCGAGAAACAUCAUAAAGUUAUUUGUCGUAAAAAUGGAUACGUUAAUUUCAGUCGAGUCAUUUAUGUUCCGAAAUCUUCUAUAGUUCGUGUGAUAGCUAAAUUUAAUGAAGAUGACAUCGUACGAAGUAACAUACGAAUUAGUAAUUUGGCAAGCCGUCAUAUAGUAAAUGAAGGAAUGGCCAUAAUUUCCGGAGAAACUGCUCCUUCGAGUAAAGAUAUAGAAUAUAUAUAUUGUAAUGUAGAACUUUAUUUCUGAGGAAGUUCUAAAAGCAGUCUCAUAGUAAUUUUUUUUCAAAAUUUCAAUAAUAGUGUAAUAUGUUUUCCGGCUGUAUCGUGAAUGAAAGCAAAAAACUUCACUCGUUA